AUGGCACUGCGUACUUUGCCAGCUGUGACCUUUCCUGCCCCUACUGCUUUCCCAACCGUUGGGUACGGAGGUUCCUAUUUUGACAAGCCAGCAUUCAAAGUGCCUACAUACGGCACUCGUCCGUACGCUAAUAUCACUUGGAGGCUGCUCGAGGACUAUGCACGUGUCUUGGCCAGCAAGAAUUCCGCCGAUGGCAUUGCGGCUGGCGUAGCUUGGGCAACCUUCAUCUACCUGCUGGCCCUGACGCCAAACAAGAAAAGAACCUCGCCAUUCCAUACCUCCCUGAUCCUUGGAGUUGCUUUUCUCCUGAUCCAUUUGAUGAUCAACCUCAUCUCUCCUUGCAUGACUGGCUUGAACAAAUACUCGGCCUACGCUUUCCUGGUUGGGACCGAGAAUGUCAUCAUCACUUCACGCUUCAUAUCAGUUCAGGCUGCAAGUUUGAUUGCCGAGAUCAUCUCCUUCUGCUGUGCUAGCCUUUGUCUCUGGCUGCAGGCCAAGGGUUUGAUGACCAGCAUGCAAAACAGAUUCCCCCGAUUUUACCGCAUCAUUCUCGGCUACCUCAUUUUCACUUCGGUGGCAACGAUUGUCGCUCAGACCGUUUACAUCGUCAAGUCAAUCAACAAAAUCAGCAAAAGCUCAAAUAAGGUGAUAACCGACUAUUUGAUGUGGAUCAUCAUUUACCACUGCUUAUUCGCCGUCAGUAUCGGGAGCUACUCUCUGGUCUCCAUGUGUUCCAUUGUGAGCAUCAUCUGGAAGCGGCCAUCCUCUGUCGUCAAAGGCCACAAUGCUUAUGCCUCCGCAUUGAAUUUGGUCGGACUUCUUUGUGCACAGUCUUUCGUGCUCCCCUUCAUCUUCUGCGUUCUCCUACUGUCAAUAAGUCCAGUCAGGGUAUGGGUAGACCCAAGCGUGAUGAUCCUUCCGACCGUAUAUCUGAUCAUCCCAUUGGGCACAUUGUUCAUGACCAUCAAUCAGAAACCUACAGAG